AUAGUUCAAGAAUACGAAAGAGCAAUCAUCUUUCGCCUCGGCAGGGCGCUUCAAGAGGCCAAAGGACCAGGUUUAUUUUUUGUCCUCCCGUGCACGGACCAGUUCACAAGAGUUGACCUCAGGACGGUCUCCUUUGAAGUCCCCCCACAAGAGAUCCUCACAAAAGACUCAGUGACGGUAGCAGUCGAUGCAGUGGUCUACUACCGCAUCUCGAACCCCAUGAUUUCGGUGGUCAACGUAGAAAAUGCCGCCAGAUCCACGCAACUUCUCGCCCAGACCACCCUCAGAAACAUCCUGGGCACCAAAACUCUGAGUGAGAUACUGACUGAUAGAGAGUCAAUAAGUACCAUGAUGCAGCAUGUUCUUGACGACGGUACAGACCCAUGGGGUGUGCAGGUUGAAAGGGUUGAAAUCAAGGACGUAAGACUACCAGUCCAACUUCAAAGAGCCAUGGCCACUGAAGCUGAAGCUCAAAGAGAGGCCCGGGCAAAGGUGAUCGCAGCGGAGGGCGAGAAGAAGGCCUCCCACGCGCUGAAGGAAGCAGCUGACGUCAUCAACCAAUCAGCGAACGCCCUUCAACUUCGCUACCUUCAAACCUUGACUCAGAUAUCAGCCGAAAAGAACUCGACCAUCAUAUUUCCGCUUCCGGUUGACCUACUCAACGCGUGCGUGGGCACGAAAAAUGGUGGUGACGCAACGUCGGCCGCUGCAAGCGCUCCACCCGCCAACGACGACGAUGACGAUGAUGAAGAUGACGGUGCUGGCAAUGAUAACGCUGCUCUCAAUGAUAAUAAUAAUAACAAUCGUGAUGACGAUGAUAAUAAUAAUAAUGACGACGAUGAUGGUGGCGACGACGAUGUCGAUCGGCGUAUUUUGUCGGCGUCAUCUUCGACGGUUUUCGAGCCGGUUGUACCGACCUACUUCUGA